UAAUUCCAGCUAAUGGGAGGAUGAACGUGACUGUGAAGUUUACACCCUUUCAGUAUGGCACUGCACAAAUGAGAAUGCGCUUAUGGAUUUCACAGUUCAACUCUCAACCCUACGAAUGUGUCUUCACGGGGACGUGCUGUCCCAACAUGGCUCUGAAAUUAGAAGAAUUCGAAAGGCUGAGUGCUCUUUCUAAGAAAGUAGACAUCCCUCCAGAAAAGGCAAUGACACGUAUAAACUUUCACCGACGGCCAGCCCGGACGAAGCCUCCAAAGCUUAAGGAAAUUGAAUAUCAGAACUUGAGAUUUCCAGUAGACUUAUCAAAUCCAUUUGCUGUGGCAACCGUUUUAAACCAAGAACCAGGAAAAUUGAAGAUUAAAGAAUUGAGAGAAGUUUUGGACCAAGGCAAUGAGAUUUCAAGGACAAGACAGAUGAAGGAAGCACUCUUUGAACAGAAAGUCAGACAGGACACUUAUGAAGAGAUCAAAAAUCACCUUAAGUGGCAAGUGCACCUUGGUAAAGAUCAAAUGUCUUUUAAAUUCAAAACAGACCUUACAGAAGAGCGGCAAAGAGUAAACACCAAAUAUAAGCUGGAUAGAGGAGAUCCUGUUUUGGAUGAGGAAUUUCAGCGACUCAAGACAGAAGUUAACCACACACGGGUUGUUCGCAAUCUGGAAGAAAAAAUCCAGGAAUUUCAUCCCAGUUUUGAUCCACUCACGAAUAAUACUUGGGUCAACAGGUUCAGGGCGCAAAGACGGUUUCAACAAGCAGCACGCAAGAUCAUGGUUCAUCAACGACUACUCAGUAUGUUGAGUGCUGUUCAUGACAUGGACAAAGGGACCAUCCUCAGAAGGCUCACUAAAGGACAACAGUCAAUAGCACCAGACAAGAGUCCCUCCAGAUUUCUGCCGCUGAUCGGUCACGACGAUUAUUCCAGGCGGUUUUCGGUGUCGCCCAGGGAAGUCCUGCCCUUCGCCUUCCCGUCCCACAGUGCUCCUCAGGACUCCAACGAGUUGGCUCCCGAUGGCCUUGGCCCAGUCCCAAUCAAAUCUUCAGAAAUUCCAAUCAAGCAGAGUUAUUCCUUCCUCAAGCUGCAGGUUCCUGAGCUGUACAAAAUCAAGGGGUAUCAGCCAUUCUGUGUCCAGAAGUCUUCCACAAGUUACAGACCUCAAAAGCUUGCUCGAGCCCUGAAGCAAGGAGCUGAGGAUGAAGCCACCACCAUCAUAGCCCUGCCGAGCCAGGAGGCCGCACCUCAGCUGGCCGGCAAGACCUCGGUCCUGAGCAUGAAACCCCCAGAGGCCUUAGCCAGCUCUCCAGACUACGACCCGCUUUAUAUUUUUAAUCCCAGUCCAGGAGUAUUUGCUGUAAAGCACCCUCUGACCUACGCAGAAACCUUGAUAGAUUACCACCUGUGUUCUCACCCCAAGUACAAGGUCACCAAGGAGUCCCACGAUGGGUCCAGCAUUCCUCUCACCCAAAAGCAGUUUCUCCAUCACACGGACAUAAUUCCUGGAAUAAUGCACUGGAAGAGGUUCCAGCCCCUGGUUUUCUCAUCCCUGCCUGAAACCUCUAAGGUAGAGACCACACAAAGCUGCGACCCCUUCGAGGUGGCCCUGCUGCCCGCGCACGUGCCCGCUACGCUGGACGCCCUGCCCGAGGAGGACAGACUGGAAGCCGCCGAACGGUACCUGCGACCGUCGGGCUGGACGCGGUCCGCUUCCCGGCAGCGCGCGGGGCUGAGGGCCUCGCAGAGCCGGCGCCUGAGCCCGCGGCCCGACGGUGCGCUGAGCCCGCUGCCCGACCGAGGGGACGCUGGGCUCGCGCGCGCCGGGCUGCCGGCUCCGGGAACUCGAGGGCUGGGCGGAAGGGGCGCUGAAGGGGCCGAGGAGCCUUCUGGUCUCAGGGACGGGGCGAGGCGGAGGGGACGCUGAAGGGGCCGAGGAGCCUCCGGGUCUCAGGGGCGGGGCGGGGCGGGGCUGCGCGGAGGGGGCACUGGAGGGGCCGAAGGGCCUCCAGGUCGGGGGCGGGGGCGGGGCUUGCGCGGUGGGCGGGGCUUGGAGGGGCGUGGAGAAUCCGGCCCCAGACCGCAGCGCUUGCGUUGAUUUGACGGUGAACGUCGGACAGCCGGUGGAGGCGCGUCCUUGGGCCUGCCGUCGCCGUGCGCGCUUACACGUCGUUCCACGCGCACAGUGCGUGAGUGAGAUCCUCACCAUCUGAGGCGCACACCCGGGUUUGUGGGACACGUCCACGGGCACCGUCCUUGGCGACCCUCGCGCGGCAGAGCUCGGAGUCCCGGGCUGAGAGGGAGGUCAAGUGUCUGUCCUCUCGCCGCCGCCUGAGGCGCUUCCCCGCGAGGCCACCCCGGGGCAGGACGCGCCCGGUUCCGUGAGGCUCGAGGGACAGUCCUGUCUGCUGGGGCCGCCGGGGAGCCGCUCGGCUGCCCGGAACCCGGCUGCCCUCGUCCCUUCGGCGCUCGGGUGCGGACCGCGGUGACUCCGGGUCCUCGUGUCUGCGGCGGGAACUGUAGCCCCCGGCACAGGGGCUGUCAGUCAGGGGAGCUCGUGGGGACCGGCGAGCGGGGCGGUCACCAGAGGGGCGACGCGGACGGAGCGCUCGCGGGAAA